AUGUCGACCAUGUCGGCCCCACUGGUCAAGGUCCUGCACCGACUGCAAGAAUUGUUCCAUAAUGUGGUUGCUGCUUUAGAAAACAUGAUUCUGUUCCCCUCGCUGUUCGGCGGGCUUUCGCGACACCGCCGCAAGCCUUUCCUCGGCGCCCACUGGAAGCGCCGCACGCUCGAGAAUUUCGCCGAAGAAGUAGAAGCCUCGUUUUCAAAGCCGCUGUCGACGCGCAACAUGGCGGAGAUGUCCGAGAAGAUCCGCGCACAAUUCCGCGAAUGUCUACAAAAUAGCCCGUGCUGUAUGCUUCCAUCCUACGAUACUGUACUUCCGGCUGGGUCGGAAAAGGGCACGUACCUGGCAUUGGACGUGGGUGGAUCAACUUUUCGCGUAGCUUUGAUUGAAUUGAAUGGCCGCAAUGAGGAAGUGCGCAUUUUGAAGGAGUUCUCGACGCGCAUCGACGAAACAAUCAAGGUGCUGGAAGGAACGAAAUUCUUUGAUUGGAUGGCCGGGCACAUUGAGACUACACUGAAGGAUCUUGGGCCGGAUUAUGGGCGCGGCGAUGUACCGCUGGGGAUGGGACUAUCCUGGUCUUUCCCCAUCGACCAAACGUCGCACAGCAGCGGGAAGUUGAUCCACAUGGGCAAGGGCUUCAAGGCGUCAGAAGGCACGGUAGGCCAGGAACUCGGCGGUCUCAUUGUCGAGUCAUGCCGCAAGCGCAAUUUGAACGUAGUGGUCGCUGCUAUUGUGAACGACGGGUCUGCCGCUUUGCUUUCUAGUGCCUAUGACGACCCCAAAACCCGCAUGUCUCUCAUUCUGGGUACCGGUACCAACGUGGCGAUUCACUUCCCAGUACGCGAGAUUGGAAAGGCCAAGUUUGGAGUUCGUCCGGAGGGCUGGUUCGAGCGCUCCAAGCACGUUAUCAUUAACACUGAGAUGAGCAUGUUUGGUGGUGGUGUGUUGCCCAUGACACGGUGGGACGACUACCUGAACCGCACUCACCUGCGUCCUGACUACCAGCCGCUCGAGUACAUGAUCACAGGUCGGUACUUGGGUGAGAUCGUGCGUCUGAUCAUCGUCGAGGCAGUUGAGACCGCCCGUCUCUUCAACGGCGAGCUGCCCCACUCCAUGCGUGAACCCUACUCCUUCGACACAAGCAUCGUCGCUUUCAUUGAAGAAGACUCCUCCACCUCAUUUUCCGCCUCCGCCGCCCUCCUGCGAAAACAACACAUCUUCCCCGACCUCCCGUCCGUCGAAGACCUGCGAUUCUUGCGCCGCGUCUGUCAGACAGUCUCCCGUCGCGGCGCUGGAUACCUAGCCACAGCCAUCCACAGCAUGUGGUGCCUCCGCAACGAGGUUGAAUUCCCCCAAUCCUCAUCUGUCACCGAGUCUCUCGAUAAGGCAUUACACGAAGUCACCGUCGUCGAGAGCGAAGAAUCUGACAAGAGCCUUACCAUCGCCUGCGACGGUACCGUUAUCAACAAGUAUCCUGGCUUCCGCGAUGCAUGCCAGAAUUAUUUGAACCAAUUGGCCGACGAAACACACCCUGGCACCACAUCUCGCAUUCGCCUGAACCCUGCUCACGAAAGCGCCAUUCUCGGCGCUGCAGUCGCAGUGGCCGUGUCUGUGGCUGGGAAAUCCCAGUGA